AUGGGACUCUUGAUCCGCCAACAUAGCCGCAACUAUACCUGGCGGAGAGAGAUCUCGCCCGAACCGGGCAACCACGAUGUUCCGCUCGGAGGCCCAUGCAGGGCACUCUUCCAGCGUGUGCUGGACGGAAUCCUGAUCCCUCCCACAGUGGUGGCACUGCGUCGUCGACUCGCGUCCGAUCCGAUUCAGAUACUCACCGAAGCAUCCGUGCCCGGUGAGUAUCUGUGUCAGUCGGAACGUGGUGACGCACUUCCACUGGCUCAACCAGACUUCGAGGUUGGGAUGACUGUACAUUCUAUUUCAAGAAAAACAACCGAUCGCAGGUUUGAAAACUUGACUAAACUGGAAGAGUUGAACUUAUCCAAGAACCAGUUAGCAGACGAAGUACGGAAUAUGAUGAUUUUAAGUUCACUACCUGCUCUCACUGCCCUCGAUCUGACUGAUGUGUAUUUGCCCAGUUUCUGCAACCAUUUCAAUAAAAGUAAAAAAAAUAAUUUAAUGACGGAUGAAGUGGAUAAAACUGUGAAACCUUUCAAUGUGACCAUUUUGGACCUCGAGGGAACUGGCAUGUCAAGACUUUGCUUCGCAAACUGGCCCUCACUGCGGUAUCUCUACUUGUAUAGAAACAAUAUUUCUGUUUUGGAGGUCAAUCAAUUACCGAUUAACAAAACUGGAUUGCUGAGAGUAAAUUUGUUUGGCAACCCUGUUCGUCAAGUUGAGUUUGGUGAAAAGAACUACGAAUUCUUAAAAUCACGUGCUAAUAUUACAAGAUUCGAAGUAAUAAUGAACUUCACGUUGGAUUGCGACUGCCAUGGCGCAUGGUUUGCGCGCGCAGCUCGUGAAAAUGUCAUUACUGCUAUACUAGCAGGCUGUAGUGACGGGACAACCCUGACACUUGUGCCACCAGAGCAGGUUGAAUGCGACAAGUUUCCUUGUGAAGGCUGCAUAUGCCGCCGUUUGUGGAGGGACAACAUGACACGAGCAAAUUGCACAGCACGAGGGCUUCAUGCGUUGCCGCAAGUACCAGCGCUGAAAGAAAUGAAUGCUAGCAACAAUCUUAUUAAGACCAUUUAUGUUCAUGAUCUGCCACAGACACUCCUAUCCCUUGAUUUACGAAAUAACCGUAUAGCACGACUAGACGAAGCUGCAGCGGUAGCUCUUUUCGAGAUACCAGACCGUCGAGUAAAACUGUCAGGCAAUCCCAUUAUUUGUGACUGUGAAAACAAACCAUUUCUAGAGGCUCUCAGGGAUUAUCAAAGUCAGGUCGACGAUUACAACAAUGUCACGUGUGCUGGAGACGAGAAAACUAUGGAUAAAGUGGAUUUUGAUGAAUUGUGUGAUACUAAAAAGGUUUUGCUAACUGCUACGUUAGCUGUAAGCGGAAUGUUAAUAGGUUUGGCAGCUCUUAUUGGUGCACUGUAUUGUCGAUAUGAGAAGACAAUUAAGAUAUUUCUCUACGCACGUGGCAUUUGUUUAUGCUGUAUGGUUGAAGACGAACUUGACGCAGAACGCGAGUACGAUGCGUUUGUUUCUUUCGCUCAUGAAGACGAACAGUUUGUAAUGGAAGAACUACUAGUAUUUUUAGAGAAGGAAUACAAAAUUUGUGUACACUACCGCGAUUGGGUAGUAGGUGAUAUGAUUCCGACACAGAUAACACGGUCCAUUGAAAAUUCUCGGAGAACUAUAAUCGUGUUAUCGAAGAAGUUUGUGAAAUCAUUAUGGGGACUAUUAGAAUUUAGAACGGCUCAUGUCAGCGCACUGAGUGAAGGCAGAGUGCGGGUCAUCGUGUUACUUAUAGACGAUGUUACGGAAGAUGACACCUUGGACUUGCAACUACGAGGUUAUUUACUCACCAAUACGUAUCUGAAAUGGGGAGAUCCGUGGUUUUGGGAUAAGCUGAAAUAUGCAAUGCCACAUAAAGGAAUAGUAGACAACGAAACUGUAUCAAGUAAUUUAAGUGAAAUGUCGAAUUUUAAUAGAUCCAGUUUGUUGAGGACUGGAAUAAAACUGCCUGCCUUGCCACCGCCUACUACUUGUUAAUCUAAAUCACUGAUUUCCAUAGUAAUCUCGACCCCAGGAAUCUAUAUCCAAAAAUGGGUCUGUGUCAGCAAAAAAAAAAUAGAGGGUGCAAAAGACGUUAAUGGGGAUCCACACGAGUAGAACCCAGUUAAGCAGGUCGUGAUCAAUGUUUUUAUAUUCCAUAAACGAAAUAAUCCACAUUAUACAAAUAAAUAGUACCUAUAUACCUAAAUAAGUUUUCUCAUUAUAUUAUAUUGAAAGUUUUUAAACAGUAUGGGAAAAUCCGAAACCAUAGAAGAUACAAGGAUACUGUCUUAC